UUCACACUGCGCCGUACCACCUACAAUCCCAUUGUCGGACAACACAAAACUACCUCAACGCAUCCCAAUUUCCAGCCAAGACAUGACUCCUGGAGAGACUCAUUGAUACACAAAUAUGGCUGCGUUCCGAGCGCAACUCCGACGACGGAGCAUGUUCAUCACCCUUGGGCUGGUAGCCAUCUUCGUCUGGACACUCGCAUCUUGUCGGUCGCAGAACACCAAGAGAUCUACCAGCCAUGAGCAGUUCUGGGCCGAUUUUCAUCCUAUGCUUGUGGCCUCCGAGCCAUACGCCAAUUCUCCGACGAGGAUCAGGAAUGCCGAAUCUGUGGGCUUCGACCCAAAAAACACAGAUCCGCUGCCCGACUUCCUUCGCCUUUCCAAAGAAGAUGUAUCAGCUCUGAGGAUGGCGCACAGCAAAUUCCUCGAUAUGUUAUUGCAGAAUCCACCGAGACUACACUACCAAGCGCACACUCGCGGUCUUGUCUCGACCGCUGGCGGCUCUUACCUCCCCGUCCUUGUUAUCUCCCUGCGAAUGCUUCGCCGGAGUGGUUCAACCCUUCCCAUGGAAGUCUUCCUCGCCAGCUGGGAUGAGUACGAUGGCUAUGUCUGCCAGAUUGUUCUUCCUUCCCUCAACGCGCAAUGUGUGGUUCUGUCCGAGAUUCUUGACGCUGUUAGCGACAGCAAGUCCUCCAUUGAAAAAUACCAAUACAAAGUCUUCGCGAUGAUGUUCUCCUCCUUCGAGGAGAUUCUCUUCCUAGACGCAGAUGCAUUUGCUCUUGAGGACCCGGAAGUGUUAUUCAGGACUGAACCCUUCAUCUCAAAGGGUCUAGUCACUUGGCCGGACUUCUGGCGACCAACCACAUCACCGCUAUACUACGAGAUUGUAUCACAGGAUGAAACGGCCGGGAAGAACAAAGAACAGCAACAAAAUCCCGCUACAAUUCGCCAAUCCACCGAGUCCGGAGAAUUGCUGCUCUCCAAACGAACACACACGCGCACCCUCCUCCUCGCCGCCUACUACAACUUCUACGGCCCCAGCCACUACUACCCUCUCCUUUCACAAGGCGCAGCCGGCGAAGGAGACAAGGAGACCUUCAUCGCCGCAGCCAUCGCCCUCAACGAGCCCUUCUACCAAGUCAGCGAGCCCAUCCGCGCAGUGGGUAGAGGGACGCCCGAUGGCUUCGCAGGGUCCACCAUGGUCCAGUACAAUCCAAUAGAAGACUAUGCGUUGACCAAAAAAGGCGAGUGGCGCGUCCGGGGCGCAUCCGUACCACCCCCACAUCCAUUCUUUGUCCAUGUCAACUUUCCCAAGUUCAAUCCGGCUACCGUGUUUCAUGAUAACGGGCCGGUUGUGGAUGAGAACGGGAGAUAUACGCGGGCGUGGACGGCGCCGGAUGAUGUGGUGGAGGCAUUCGGGGGGAAGAAAACGGAGAAGGCGUAUUGGAGGGAGAUUUUGUGGACGGCAUGUGCGCUGGAGGUUGUCCAUGAAGUCUUGUGCUGGUUGCAAGAGCUACCUGUUUAUCUCGAUAAGAAACUUCUAUCAAGACUACUAAGUGAGCUCAUUGAAUAG